CUGGUAACAAUGGCCCCAAACUUUUGGUCCUCAGAUCGAUUCUCUCAGUGUGUCGCCUUGGUUAGACAAAACGGAGUGCAGCAGUUUGCCAUUCAACUCGACCUGGACAAACUUCCGGCGGAACACAAGACACACGAUGCGUUUGUCAUUGAAUGGCUGGCAUCAAGAAUGCUUAACAAUUAUACGGGGAACUGUCAGACAACUGGCUUUUUGGUUGCAAACGUGGAACACGGUUGUUUGACUGGCACAUUUGUCAUUUUUCUUGAGACCAAUUACGAAGUUCAUCGGAGAAAUUAUUUCUUAACAAUCCAAACGAUGUCUUUUCACGUAGCAAUUAUCCUUGUGGGCCCGGAAAACGACGGACUCUGUGACAGCUUAAUUGGUAAGGACGUUGGUAUGGGAGAAGUCAUUCGGUGCAAACCGCGUGAUAAUGCCAACUCGAUUCAAGUGCAGGAUGUGAUACUCACCUCUUAUCUAAUCAAUGUGGACAUAUACGUUGACAAGUGGAUUGCUUUUGAGUUUGCCGAACAAAUGAAUUCGGGGCUGGACCACUGUCGCUACAAUGCAUAUCCACUGAAGCCGGAGUAG